CUGCUCUGCAAAAUUGUUACAACACCGGGAAAGCUGACGAAAAGAUGGAUCUAUGAGAAUUUUCUUGGCAGAUACAGCACUCUUUUGCAAGAUGAAACGUUACAUGUGAGAAAAGUAAUCAUUCUUGGGACAUUAGCGAUGAUGUAUGGUACAUGUUUUACCGAACAAUUUGCUGUACCAUUCCUACUUGCGUUAAGUAAAGAUGCAGUCUGGAGUGUACGUAAGACAUCAUGUGACGUGUUUGUUGACGUGGCUAUGAAUUGUACAAUGGAAACGAAAUAUCGUAAACUAACACCAUGUUUCAUCUCUUUUAUUCAGAUGGUGAUUCCACAACCUUUAUUGGACAGUUUCAUUCAAAUGGUUCGGCCUGCUAAUGCUGAUGAUGCUGACAUAAAUCAACAGUGUGCUCGCAGUUUUCCAGCAGUUGCAUUCACCCUUGGUCGUAGGAACUGGUCAUGUAUUGUGGGUACCUAUAAACAGUUAUCGUCUGACAUGCAAUGGCGUGUUCGGCAUGCAUUAGCAUCAUCAAUUCAUGAAAUUGCUGCGAUUAUUGGGGAAGAAAAUGCUGAUGUCCAUUUAGCACCUGUAUUUGAACAGUUUAUGAAAGAUAUUGGAAGUGUAAAACUUGGUCUGCUGAGUCAUCUUUAUGAUUUUUUUAAGUGCAUUCUUUUGUGUGAUCUUUUUAAUAUACAUGACAUAAACGAGUAUUUGGUUGCAAUAGCUCUGACCUUAGCUAACGAUAGGAUAUCAGAUGUACGUAAAGAAGCGACAAAACUUUUGGCUAAAAUAUUGGGAAAAUUGGUGAAAAAAGAAUGGAUCCUGGACUGUUUCGACUCAUCAGCAACUGACGUUUCUUCUCUGCCUGUUACUAAAUCAUUUAUUUCUGAUAUUGUGAAAGGUUUUAGUAGGUCUAUGAAUUGGCGAAGAAGACAAACGUAA